AUGCAAAUAUCUGAGUGGGUUAGUGAACCUCAGCAUGUGGGCGAGCAGGAGGCUUACCAUGCUCAUCGGUCUGGUUCGCCUCCACUCCCAGCCGACAAUGGCGAUGAUGGCAGCCCCUGUUUUCCUUCUUCUUCACGAGCAAGAUUAAAUUCUGUAUCUUUAGUGGGUUAUGCUGUGGCAGCAAUUCUCUCCAUUGUCUUGACGGCCUACUUCUGUUUCUUUUCAAGCCCUUCGCUGAAAUCGCCUGGUCCAGUCUCCCGUCAGCUGGCUGACGGCAAAGAUGAAGAAAAGUGCCGGCAGCUUUUCUCAGGAGAAGAAAGUACGAGUGACGCAGGGCCCGAGGAGUCGCCUUUGCAAAGUGUAGAUGGCGGGGUUCAACGUACCACCACUGGCAGGAAAAGGCUCAUAAGCACAGAUGAAGGAGAAGACCAGGCUAAAAAAUCCAGAACGGAGGACAUGGAGGAACAAAGUGCGGCCUCUACGGCAGAAUCACAGCCUUCAGAAUUAGAAGAUCGGCAAACAGAAACUGGAGGCGCCGACGUUACUGAAGAAAGUGAAUGGCUUGACAGCCUUUUGAUGGGAACAGGCGAGUUGCUAACGGCGCCUACUCUAUCGAUUGACCAAUGGUUUCUUGAUCACAUUCUACAGCGGCCAUCAGGCCCUUCUUCAAGCAAGGAUGCAGCUACUCCUAGUGGAGGUGUGGAGCCUGGACCCGGACGAGACGGCAGCCCAAGCGAGGAUACUGCCAGUGAGGGCCCUUUAGAUUCAGGUUCUGGGAUCCCAAGCGCAACUAGCGGCAAGCUUUCUCCUUCUGAACGACUUCCUGGGUCUCCCGAGCCUCGGCAAUUUCUCUCGGACCAGCCAAGAGGCGAUUCGGCACAAGAGCACCCUGGUUCGCCGUCGCAUUCGUUGCAGGAAGAAGAAUACUUCCCCUCUGGGCCCUCUACAAGCUUUGCUGGUUUGUCUGAGAGCUCCGAUAACGCAGCUUUAGAAGCGGGUUUCUUGCAAGCACUUGUACGUCGUACUAUGCAACAGAGAGACGCCGAAAGCCGUGAAGAAUCUUUUAUCCCUGAAGAAUUGGGUUUAGAAGGGCACCCGUUUUAUCGUUUGCCGCGAACUAGUGGAAGUCUACUUGUGGCCCCGUUUAGUUGGAAUCGGGCCAUUGUCUAUACUCCUCGCAAGUCUCCCGCAAGUCCACUCCUGCAAGCUUAUAGUCUGUUGAAGAAGAGGUCUCUUACUAACGAUGAUGCGCAAACGCUCGUUUUCAUUGGUGAGCAAUUGGUAAGAAACAUCAUGUCGCUGCCCUAUUCUGAUAGCAGAGAACUUCCCGGCUGGUGGAUCUUGAUUCCACUGGCUCGUCGUUUCCUCUUGGUGGAUUGCUUGUGGAGCAUCUGUGAAGUCGUUGGUGCUCCAAUGAGGCAGUUCACGUGGUGGCAAAAGUUGAUGAGGAGAACACUGGCUACGCCACUCCCUAAGCCUUCUAUCAGAAAAUCUAAACCCGACAGAGACCAGCUUGCUCGUGAUUUGGUGGCUGCACUUGAAGAAUUCAAAAGCGGGAGGCGCCCUACCGCAGCUCAAAUAGUUGAGUUGAAACGCCAGCUUUUCUGCCGACCUGACAGUCCCAAGUAUUUUAAAAAGCCUGAAUGGGAUCCGUGGAGAGAAGAUGACCGGAACUUUCCAGCCACUUAA